UGCCCAAAAGGGGCAGGAGAGAGAGUCAGCGAACUCCUGACGUCCUGCUCCGGCUCAAUUUCGGUUCCCCGGCAUACUCAAGGACAGACGGGACGGACCCACGGCUGGCAGGACUCGAGACCAGCCAGGGAGAGGAACCGCGGGGGCGCUCGGGGCUCAGCAGUCUCCGUACAGCUCUUCCAGCGAGUAAGGGAGUGAGUGUUGGUUGCCAUCAUGCCAUCUUCCUCCCCUCAGGAGUCCUCCCUCCCUCCUGCCAGUGCCAAUGCCACAGCGCCAGCCAACAGCAGCAUGGAAGAAAAGCAGUUCUUCUAUGCAUUCUCCCUCUUGGACAAGGAACUCCAUGACACCUUUCCCAACCUGUGGGUUGCCCUGUUGGCUGUCAAUGGGACCAUCUUCCUAGUUGGCGUGGCACUCAAUGGCCUGGCCCUCUAUGUCUUCUGCUUCCGAACGAAGACUAAGACCACCUCCAUCAUCUACACCAUCAACCUGGUGGUGACAGACUUGCUGGUGGGUUUGUCAUUGCCCACGAGAUUCAUCAUCUACUACGGGGCACAAGGCUGCCUCAACUGCUCUCUUGUGCACGUCUUCAGCUACUUUGUCAAUAUGUACUGCUCCAUCCUCUUCCUCACGUGCAUUUGUGUGGACCGCUACCUGGCCAUUGUCCAGCUGGAGGCCUCGAGGAAAUGGAGGAACCCCAGCUGUACCAAAGGCAUCUGUGUCUUCAUCUGGGUCUUUGCUGUGGUGGUGACCUUCUCCGUCCUGACCGUAGCAGUCCAAGGAGGCUCCUGCUGCCGCCUCUUUGCCUUGACAGUCUUCGAAUACUUCCUGCCACUGGUGGUCAUCACCUUUUUCACAGGAAGGAUCAUGUGUGCUCUGUCCAAGCCCAAUCUCAUGCACCAGAGCCGUGAGCGGCGAAUGCGGGCUGUCCAGUUACUCCUCACCGUCCUCGUCAUCUUUCUGAUCUGCUUCACACCGUUCCAUGCCCGCCAGCUGGCCGUCUCUCUCCGUCCUCAAGACAUAUCCAAAGAAGCAGGUCUCGUGGCCUACCACGUCACCAUCACCCUCAGCAGCCUCAACAGCUGCAUGGAUCCCAUUGUCUACUGCUUUGUGACCAACAGCUUCCAGGCCACAGUCCGGGGCCUCUUCCGAAGGAGCGAGCCAGAGCAGAUCAGCGGCGAGGUCAUCAGCAUGCACAAGAGCUCCAAAGGCUCCAUCCACAAUGCCAUUGUCCCCUGCUCCCGUGCUCUGGCCGACAGGCCCCAGGUGUAGUCAGGAGGCCAGAGCAUCACCGGAGAGGCCGAGGCAAGGGACAAAGGGUCAGAGAAAAAAUUGGAAUUGGGUUCAAAUUUGGACGCUGCUCUCGACUGCCUGUGUGACCUUAGGCAAGACUCUACUUAUCUGGAGCUGAAGUUUCCUCAUCUGUAAAAUAAAAAGGUCGACCCAGAUGAGCCCUAAGGUCCUCUCCUCCUCUGGAGCCUACGACCCUACUUGGACUCUGACAUUCUAAGGCUGGUUCCAAGGGGGACACCCACCUCUAUUCCACCUCUGCCUCAGUGUGUGACUUCAGACAAGUCCUUUCAACUGUCUGGGCCAUCAUUUCCUCAUCUGUCAAAUGGGGAUAAUAAUGCCUGACCUUCCUACCUCAUAGGGAAGUAGAGAGGGUGAGAGCAGCCUGUGGAUACUAGAGGGUCACCAGACGUUGAGAGACACAUCUAACCAGGGCAGGUGGACGUGGGAUCUAGAGACUUAAAGCUAUUCUUGAAAAUGUUUCCUGGGGACCCAGUAGUUAGUUAGCAAUUAUCUCUUUAGUUUUGGACUUCCUCAACAUGGGUAAUCGGGAUCUAGGGAUCGUCUCCCUAUGCCCCCAUAUGCCUUGAGAACAGGAAAGAGAGAAUUGGGGAAAAGAAAGGGGGAAGAGAGGGAAAGAGAGGGCAGCUAGGUGGCUCAGUGCAUUGAGAGCCAGGCCUAGAAACAAGCAGGUCCUGGGUUCAAAUAUGACCUCAAAUACUUCCUAGCUGGGUGACCCAGGGCAAGUCACUUGACUCCUAUUGCCUAGCCCUUACUGCUCUUCUACCUUGGAAUCAAUAUGCAAUAUUGAUUCUAAGACAGAAGGUAAGUGUUAAAAAAAAAGAGAGGGAGAAAGGGUGGAGAAAGAAAAGGAAAAGAAUCAAAGGAAGCAAGGAGCAAACAAAAGAGGAAAAGAUGCAUUAAAUGGAGAGGGAUAGAGAAGAAGGUACUAACCAUAGUCACCUCAGAGUGACUAUAUAAAAAUGUCACACCUUGGCAAAAGAUUUGGAGUUUCUCCAGGACACUUUCCCAUAGCGUCCAUCAUCUGAACUUUAAAACACAUUGGGAGGGUGGCAGGGAAGGGACUCUGCCAGGGCUUUGCACAAUGCCAGGAACAUAGUAAGCCCUAAAUAAAUAUUCAGUGUUACUCAUCAUAAUCAUCCCCAUUUUUUUUUAGAGAAGGGAACUGGGAUGCAGAGAAGUGGUUGCUCCCCACCAACAUUGCCAUCCCCCUUCAUCCUAAGCAUUUGCUUCCAAUGGAGCUGUCCCACCUGAUGAUGGUCGCCCCCAGAUGAGAGUUUCCUAUGUGAAUCUCUUGGAUAAAAAGGAGGAAAACCACUGAGGGAAUUUCCGGUGGAGUCUCCAAAUGGAACUUCUGAUUUACCUCUACCUGCUCAGUGCAGAUAGAAACUUAGAGCUGGAUGGGAGCUUUACUUAGCCUGGGGACUGCCUAUAUUAAUGGUAAGCUCUUGGCCCUGAGAUUGGUCUAGAAUCUGCCCAACCCCGGUUGGAUUGGCCUCAGUGUUGGUGGUAUCCCUUUGGAAGGGAUAAGAUCUUCCACUGUCUCCCCCAGGCUUUACUUCUAGCAUCUACAUUUCCAGUCCUGUCUCCUUCUCAUAGAGACUUUGAUAAGCCAGGUUUUAGAUAGCAGGUAGUCAGUGUCAUGUCACAGCGUUCUGGAUCUGGAGUCAGGAAGACCUGAGUUCAAAUCCUGCCUCAGACACUUAAUGAGGUGUAUGACCAUGGACAAGUCUCUGUUUCUUCACCUGUGAAAUGAGGAUAAUAAUAGCACCUACCACACAAGUCAUAGUGAGGAUCAAAUGCAAUAAUAAACCUUAAAGUGCUAUAUGUGUUAGCUAUUAUUAUUCUCUGCACCUCUGAACUCUCUCCCACCACCCCCUUGCCCCCCAAACCCCACUUCAUUGAUGAAGGGAAGGAGCACUAUGGAACAGACUCACUCAAUGUUUCUUUUAUAGAAUUUGGAGCUGGAAGGGAUCCUAAAGAUGAUCUAAUCAAACCCCUUCAUUUUACCAACAAGAAAAAAGAGGCUCCAAGAGGGAGAAGGAACUUGUGUAUCAUAGUCACACGGCCAAUACGUCAGAGUUAGGGUACAAACCCAGGGCUUCCGACACCGAAUCCAACACUCAUUUCCCUGCACCCAACCCUAGAGUGCUAACCUCAAAGGAGUCCACAGCAGUGAAUUUCAGGAGGCUGGUGAAUAUGGAUGGGGAAAAACCUUACAUCUUUAUAGUAAUAUAACUGGUUUCCUAUGUAAUCUUGUGUGUUUUAAUGUAUGCAUUUUACAACGUGGCCCAUAGGCUUCUGCCAAAAGGGUCCUGAAAAUAUGAAAGAAAAUUAAAAGGAUGAAAACCCUACUCUGUGAAGUCUCUCCAGAAAAUAACAGGAGCAAAACUUAAACCAUGACCAAUUCAUCCACUGAACUCCCGUGAAUUUGCCAUGGUCCUACUUAUUAAAAACCAAUGGUUCUGUUUGUUUAUUGAAAAUUAAUUCUUCAGGGGCAGCUGGGGGACUCAAAGGAUAGAGAAUCAGACCUAAAGAUGGGAGGUCCUAGGUUCAAGUCUGGCCUCAGACACUUCAUAGCUGAGUGACCGUGGACAAGUCACUUGACCCCCAUUGCCCAGCCCUUCCCACUCUUCUGCCUUGGAACCAAUACACAAGACUGAUCCUAAGACAGAAGGUAAGGUUUUAAGAAAAAAAAAUAAAGAAAACUAAUUCUUGAGGGUUAUAAUGCUUUGCCCUGCUCUGAGGCCCUAGGACAUUACCCCAGGAAUCCUAGUAACUUUGUGAUAACUAGAAGUUUCUCUUAGGUCAAAAGAGGACUUCAUAGCAUGAUAAAAAGAAAGAACACCAUACAUGAAGAGGAGCUGAGUUUGAAUCCAAGAUCUCCCAAUUUCAAUUAAAAUGAUGUUAUGCAUAUAAUGAACCAGGGCCUCAGUUUCCCUAUCCAUAGAAUGAGAGCACUGGAGUAGAUGAUGUCAAUGAUAUCUUCUUCUUUUUUUUUAAACUCUUACCUUCUAUCUUAGUAUCAAUUCUAAGAUAGAUGAGGGGCAAGGGCUAGGCAAUAGUGGUUAAGUGACUUGCCCAGAGUCAUAUAGCUAGAAAGUGUCUAAGGUCACAUUUGAACCCAGGACCUCCUGACUCCAGACCUGGUGCUCUAUCCACUGUGCUACCUAGCUGCCCCAGGCUAUCUUCUUGCUCUGAAGUCCUAUAUUCCUAGAUUCUUCCCCAGAGCUCCCGAGCAGUAUUGGUCAUGGACAAGUGGAGACAUUGCAAGAUUUAUAUUUAGAACUAUCCACAUCCCCUCUUUAGUUCCUGCUUCUAGUCUUGGUAUUUUCCCUUCUCCCACCCCUGCCUCCUAAAAUUCUCAGGCAUUUUGCUCUUUUAAAAAAUAUUUUUAUUAUUUUUCCCCAAUUAUAUAUAAAGCAAAUUUUUAAACAUUCAUUUAAAAUUUUUUCUUGAGUUCUAAAUUCUCUCCCUCCUUCUCACCCCACCAAACCCUGAGACAGUAAAUAAUCUGAUCUAGAUUUUACAUGUUUCACUCUUCUUCGAAUAAAAACAAUCUGCCUUCCAUCGCAAUGCCCUUGCCAUAACUAUCCACCAUGUUUGGAAUUCUCUCUCUUCUCAUCUUCACCUCCUCACUUCCCUGGCUUCCUUUAAGACUCAGCUCAAAGCCUUUCUCAGACCUUGCUUCCCUGACCCUCCACUGGUGGUGCAUUCCCUCUGAAAUGACCUUCUAUUGGCCCUGUAUCUAUCCUUGUAUAUGUAUCAAUCCUGGUAUAAUCAGUUAUUUGCCUGUUGUUUCUUCCAUUAGAAUGGGAGCUCCAUGAGGGCAGGGAUCAUGCCUUUAUUUGUACCUGUAGCACUGAGCACAAAGCCUGGCACAUGGUACCAAAUUAACCAGUGCUUGCUGACUGACUGCCUAGAGACUUCAAGGUUAUUCCAAGAUCUUAAGUAUCUAAGUAUCCUUUCCUACCUGAGAUGCUCAGAUCCCUGGACUGAAGCAGAGGGAUUUCCCCAGAAGUCCCUAGUUCAUACCAGAAGGGUGGCUCCCUAUUCCACCUGCCUAUAAAACUGAUGAUUCUGCCUAUGGGGUGCUGUCCAACCCUGCACUGACUCCCUGGAAAAGACCUGUGACUUGCUGCCCUGAGAGCUGCUUCUUCCUGGUACUCUAUGCUGCAGGAGAAUGCCAGAGGCAACAGAAAGCUGUGAAGAGCCAGAAGCAGGGAAUGACCCUGGCCAGCAGCUUACCUUCCUGCUCUCCACUGAUGGAAGUAGCAGCCUGCAGUGCAGAACACUCUUGGAUACAUUUCUUUAGAGGGUCCUGGGUUUUUUAGGUCCAACCCUGAGACCUAAAAAGAGCCCCCAGGAGACUCCAGUGUGGGGAGGGGAUUCUCAUUGCUUUUUGAACUGGAAAGAUGCUGCCACUGAACUGAAUAUCCCCCUGGCCCCCUGGAGCUCUAAGACCCAAUUCCAUAGGGAUGAGGAAAAUUUAUAAUAUUGAUGAUGGAGAAGGGCAAGUCCAAGAGUAGGAAUGUGCCCUAAAAAGACAUGCAGAGAUCUUUUUGCCAUCUAGUCCUGACCCUGCUCAUAAUUUUCCAUGUGACCACAAGCAAGUUACUUCUCCCUUUGGGGCUUAAGAUCCUUAUAAAUGGAGGUGCUGUAUUAGAUAAUCUCUAAGUUUUCUUCGCAUUUGAAUGGUCUAUAUUCCAUGAUCCCAAGAUCCAGAGAAAGACCAGCAGCAUCAAUGAAGGUGGAGAGGGAGCACUUUAGGACAGAGGGGGAAAUUCUGCUACCUUGUGAUCUUCCAUUUCUUCCUCCAAGAAGUACUACUGGAUUGCUUCACAUCUUCUAGACUGGUCUCCUAGAUAGCAAUAUCAGGACUCGCUAAACCUAUCCUACUUCAGUACCAACAGAAGGAUUGUUUUCCUGGUGCAUGAUAUACGCCUAAGUGAGGAAGAAGAAGAGUUUGCUAAGGUGUAAGUUCUGGACUGGGUGAGACAUUCUUUCCCUUGCUUACCAGGGCAAGAGAUCCCAGAGGAGGGACUCAGAGCUCCGGCUUUAGCUAUUCUUCCCCAAGCUCGGUGUUUACCAUUACCUCAUGUGGGAAUCCCCCACCUCCCCAGAGCAAAGCUUCUCCCAUUAGUGAAUGGGCUUAGCUGAGAUAUACUGACAGACUGGGGGCCUAUAAUGGAGUCAAGUUGAUGGGGUUAUAUAAUAAAGUAGUUUAUGAUGUCCUAGGGUUAAAGUUGCAAAGUUCUGGGACCUCAAAUCAUAUAGAUUCAGUUAAUAUUAGAAUUGAUAGUGGCCUUAAAACAUAGGAUGGAAAAAAAUUGAAUGUGUGUGUAUGAGAGAGAGGCAGAGAGAAAGAGAGAAGGAAAGAGAAAGACAAAGAGAAAGAGAGAGAGACAGAGACAGAGACAGAGAGAAAGAGACAGAGAGAAGAAAUCUUAGAAAUCAAGGUAUUAGACUAUAGAUUUUUUUAAAGUUAGGAAGAAGCUUAAAAUAGAGAAUUCUAGAACAUAGGAUAUUAAACAUGGAAUGAUAGGAUAAAAAAAUCUUGGAGCUAUAAAGGGCAUUAGAACAUAUCAGAACUGUAAGGGACCCUAGAGAUAAUGAACCAGGGGUUCUGGAUCUAGGGUCCAUGAACUUUUCAAUAUACAUAUGUAUACAUAUAUAUUGAAAAUACAUAUUUUGAUAACUCUUUCAAAAUAAUUGGUUUCCUAUGUAUUUUAUUUUGUGCAUUUAAACCCAUAAUUGUGAGAAGGGUCAAUCAACUUCACCAGACUUCCCAAAGAAUCCAUGACACACAAAAAUGAGGUUAAGAAGCCCACUCUAAAUACCUUUACAAUGAAUUCUAGUCCAACCACCAAUUGGUAGAGUAUUUGUAUUUCUUCUAAACUCAGUUCUUGUUCCAAGUCCUAUACAAGACUUUUCCUGAUUCCCCUGAUGUCCUAGACCUUAGUGUUCUCUACUUAUUAAAAAUGUUUGGGGCAGACUCAGUGGACAGAGAGCCAGACCUGAAGACAGAAGGUUCAAAUCUGGCCUCAGACACUUCCUAGUUGUGUGACCCUGGGCAAGUCACAUAACCCCCAUUGCCUAGCCCUUACUACUCUUCUGCCUUGAAACUGACACUUCACACCCAUUUUAAGGUGGAAGGUAAGACUUGGAAAAAUAAAAUAAAAUACAUUAAAUUACUUGGUAUAUAUGUUGUAUUUGCUUAUUUGUACUUAUAUUUUAUCCCUCCUCCAAGAGAAUAUAAUCUCAUUGAAGACAAAAGUUAUUUUGUCUCUGAUUCCCCAGCUCACUAUGUAGUAAACAUAAUAAGUAAUAUUCGAUGAAUUGAACACUUCAUUUUACCUAUGAGAAAUUAGAUGGCUAGGGAGAGGAAGUGAUUUUUCAGGGGUAACACAGCAUAGGGAUAGAGCUAG